AAGAGAUCAGCUUAUCAGCCUCUUUUCCCUCUCUUCCUGUCAGCAAGAAAAAUCAGAGAAAUAAAAAAAAACAUAAAAUAAAGAAGGAAAUGGGUAGCUCGUCGAAGGAGGAGAUGGCAAUCAACGGCGAUACGUCGGGCGGAGACACCCCUCCCUCCAACUCCAAUAUAUUUUCUGAGGGCGAACGUGUCCUCGCCUAUCACGGCCCUCGCAUCUACGAAGCCAAGGUUCAAAAAGCGGAGCUUCGGAAGAAAGAAUGGAGAUACUUUGUCCAUUACCUUGGUUGGAAUAAAAAUUGGGAUGAAUGGGUAGGUGCUGAUCGGCUGAUGAAACAUACUAAAGACAAUGUCAUGAAGCAGCAAGCCCUUGACAAAAAACUGGGUGUUGAUAGAAGUUCAAAGUCUGGGAGAUCAAGUCAGUCCAAGCCAAAAAGCUCCGCUGAUGUAAAAGCAGAUAAAGAGGACCAGAAGAACACAGCGCCAAAAGGAAGGAAGAGAAAGAUUGACUCGGGUGUUGAGAAAGAAAACUCGCCCGUGGAAAAGCUUGUCAAGAUCCAAGUUCCAUCAACCCUAAAGAAGCAGCUAGUUGAUGAUUGGGAUUUUGUUACUCAACAGGAUAAGCUGGUUAAACUUCCCCGAUCACCAAAUGUUGAUGAUAUCUUGACAAAGUACCUUGAAUACAGGUCAAAGAAGGAUGGCAUAAUGACUGAUUCAAUUGGAGAAAUCUUGAAGGGAAUUCGCUGUUACUUCGACAAAGCUUUGCCUGUGAUGCUUCUCUACAAAAAAGAGCGUCAACAAUACCAAGAAUUUGUCCAUGAUGAUGUCUCCCCAUCCACUAUAUACGGUGCUGAACAUUUACUACGUCUCUUUGUUAAGUUCCCUGAGCUAUUGGCAUAUGUGAACAUUGAAGAAGAAACCUUAACCCGCUUGCAACAGAAGUUAAUGGAUUUUCUCAAGUUUCUGCAGAAGAACCAGAGCACCUUGUUUCUCUCUGCAUACGACGGAUCUAGAGUUUCAGAAGGCAAGGGAAAAGGGAAUGAUGAGUAGAAAACAGCUACCUAUUCAAACUUUGCUACCACAACCAUUUUCGUCAUUCAUAAGUUUAAUUCGAAAAACAGUUAUGAAACCAGUUGCCGCAUUCGAUGAUCAGGUGGUAUGCCUGCUGUCCUUGGAUAAGGAAAGCAUUCAAUUGUUGUAACAAAUGGAAUUUGCCAUUCUUUCGUUUUACACUAUCCUCGUUCCAGGUGCAAGGCGACAUUUAACCAGAUACAUUUUAAAAUCAUUGAGAGAAGAUGCCGAAGCCCCUUCUUUUUUUCUCAUUUU